AUGGGAAUGUGUGCUGCUUCAAAAUAAUAAAAACCAGCUCAUGGUGGUGAUCUCUAAAAGGUUGUUGCAUAAGUUCGGCUUUCCCAAGAUUGUGAGUCGAUUUUGAAACAAAGAGCAAGUUAAUCAUCACAUUUAAAUCCCUUUAAAAACCCCAUAUUAAGUAGAAGACUAAAAGAAAUUCCAGCCUCCCCAUAACCAAUUACUUAAACUGAAUGA